CUAUGUCGUAUCUGUCUUUCUUUCUCUCACACAAUGAGUUAAGACAAAACACACAAAUUUUUGUCUCUCCGGACCAAUCCAAACAGCAGUAUAUAUAUAUAGCAGCAAUUUCUUCUACAAACUGGAGCUCUGCCUUUCCAUUUCUGUGUCUUUGCUAUCCCAAAUCAGCAAAACUACUGAUUUGUGAUCCUCCCAUAUUCCUUCUCCUCUCUCACUCUUUCUGGGUUCUUCUCUGAAUAUCUACACAGAUACAGAGGAAAACAGAGGCACAGAAUCAAGUGGAACCAUGGCUGAUGCAUCAGCAACUAAUGGAGUUCCAGGGGUAGCUUUGGACGUCAAAGAUGAUCAUCAUGAAUUCAAUAAUCACAAAGAUAUGGGAUCACCUUCCACAACCAAUCUCACAAAUUCUUCUUCCUCUGGCUGCUUUGUUACCGUCCCGUUUAUGCAAAAGUUGAUUGCAGAGGUAGCCGGAACGUAUUUCUUGAUAUUUGCGGGAUGUGGGUCGGUGGUGGUGAAUAAUGCGAGGGACAACACGAUUACAUUUCCGGGGAUAUCAAUUGUGUGGGGGCUGGCGGUGAUGGUGGUGGUUUACUCCGUCGGCCACAUUUCCGGCGCGCACUUGAAUCCGGCGGUAACUAUUGCUUUUGCCACCUGCAAAAGGUUCCCUUGGAAGCAGGUGCCCGCCUAUGUACUAGCUCAAGUCAUUGGAUCCACUCUAGCAAGUGGAACUCUGAGGCUGAUUUUCAAUGGACAUCAAGACCAUUUCUCAGGAACCCUUCCAAAUGGAACUGAUCUUCAAUCGUUGGUUCUGGAAUUUAUCAUCACCUUUUACCUCAUGUUCAUCAUUUCCGGUGUUGCCACUGACAACCGAGCUAUUGGAGAACUAGCUGGUCUUGCCGUUGGAGCUACCGUUUUGCUCAAUGUGAUGUUUGCCGGGCCAAUUUCAGGAGCAUCUAUGAAUCCAGCAAGGAGUUUGGGUCCAGCAAUAGUGUCAAACAAAUACAAGUCAUUGUGGGUAUAUAUGGUAGGCCCAACUACAGGGGCCAUAGCUGGAGCCUGGGUUUAUAAUCUCAUCAGAUUUACUGACAAGCCCUUGCGUGAAAUUACAAAGAGUGGAUCAUUCCUCAGAAACUCAAGAAAAUAGUUUCCACCCCCCAACUUUCUUUUAUCUCUUUACCUUUUUGGUCCCCAUUUCUUUUCUCUGUAAAACAGAUUUCCCAUGCUGUGGUUGUAAAACAGAUUUGUAAUUUUGAUGUGGUAAAGUAAAUUUGAUGCGAUGGGUAAUUGAUCUAAUAUUGCAUGGAUUCUCUAUUAAGUACAUUUUCUCUCCCGCCAAAAAAAAAGGGUCCAAAACCGAUAGGUUUUUCAAAAUUUUCUUAUUCAAACUCCAAUCUCUCUCUAUCUCUCUCUCUUUUUGGUUUGUUGUGGAUUUUUGGUUAAUGAUCGCAUAAGAUCAUAAGGCUUCACUAUUCUCCAGUAAUAAUGUCCGAAGGCAAAAUGAAAGUGUUCAUAUGAGUAAUGAUGGCCGUUCGAUAAGCAUUUAAAUUGUCUUUAAAUUUCAUUUGAUAUGUUUUUCCAAUUAAGAAAGUAGCUUUAAAGAUACUCCUUUGGUUACAAAAUAAGUGUUGUUUUAACAAAAUGAAGAAAUUUCAAAGUGUCGUUCUCAUAUCUUAAUGCACUUUUUGUCUAAAAUUUCUGAAAUUACCCUCAAAAGAAUUAAUAUUAUUGGUGAGCAAUUGUUUUAGUGGGUUCGUUGAGGAUAUUCAAGCAAUUUUACUAUUUUAUUCAAGUCUUUCUUAAACUGUGUGUAAAUUGUAGAAUGACACUUAUUUUAGAACGAGGUUUAUUAAACUGUG